CCUUUCUUUUCUUAUUCGAAUAAAUGCUGUUGCGACUGCUUUGCGCAUCACUCUAAGAAGAGUAUAAAACAAGGUAAAUUUUCUGACAAAGUAUCACUUUCAAUUGGUUUCUUCACCGAUUAGGAGAUAAACUAUUCAAAAUGAAAAUUUACUUUUUGAUUUGUGUUUUGGUGGCCUCUGUGACCGCUGAUGUUAGCAAUGAAUAUCUGCCACCAAAUUAUGGUGCUGCCUCUUCUCUAGUAGAGAGUGCUCCAGUAUCAGAUCCAUCUUAUAGCGCUCCAGAGCAAAGCUAUAAUGUUGCAGCUUCCGGACUAGAAUAUGCAGCCUCGGAACCUUCGCAUAGCUUCUCUUCUUCAGAUGGUUACCGCUAUAAGACUCAAAGACGUGUAGUAUAUCGUCAUCGUCAACGUCGUGGUGCUCCUUCAAGCGAUUAUUUGCCUCCACAAGCUACUUCACUUUCAUCUGAAUACUUACCUCCAGCUGCAUCUUCUUAUUCUGCCGCCCCAUCCUAUCAAUCUGAAGCAUAUGCACCAGCUCCAUCUUAUCAAUCAGAAUCAUACGCCGAACCUUCUGAAACUGCUCCUGCUCACAUAUUUUCUUCUAAUGAUGGUUACCGUUACAAAACUGCUCGUCGUCGUGUAUACCGUCGUCGCCGAUACUAAACCAGAAAUGUUUAAAACUCAUUGACAUAUAUGAAAAUAACAAAUAAUAAUUAUUAUGAUCAAAAAUA